GAAUCGGACAUCAUAAGUUCACAUCUGUCCCAAUUCUUCGACUACACCGAGAUCAUCUCAAGCCCAAUCAAGAUGCUAAAUUCAGAGCUGCGUCGUCUCGUUCCACUGGGCGCUACAUUGGUCCUCCUAGCAGUCGUGCUGCUUCCGAGCCCCACCCAGGCCCAGUACUGCACAUCACGGGGAUGUUGCCCGGGAAGAGAUGACGAGUGCACCACCCGAUAUUUCGACACGCUUUGCUACUGCGACAUCUUCUGCAACACGACAGCCAUGGACUGCUGUCCCGAUUUUUGGUACUACUGCAUGGGGGCGCCUCGCCGGACGCGUCCGCUCAUAGAAAAACCUUUAAUUGAUUACUGUAUUUCCAGUGGGGUCGUCUACUAUCCUGGAAGUUCUAUCAAACGCAAUUGCAAUACAUGUGUAUGCACACUUGCACCUGAUGGCAAUGCCGACUUCGUGUGCGAUGACAUUCCUUGUCUCGUUGAUUCCAUAACAAUCAGUGAUGUCAAUGAAGAUUAUUACCUUGGAUGGAGAGCUAGCAACUAUUCCUUUCUUUGGGGCCUGACCCAAGCGGAAGGAGUCCUUUAUCGCCUCGGAACAUUCCCACCGGGCCGAGCGUUGUCGGAAAUGGCCGAAGUCAACAUCGACACAGAAGGAGCGCUCCCGGAAACAUUUGACGCCCGAGAGAAUUGGCCGGGGCUCAUAGACGAGGUCAUUGACCAGGGAAAAUGUGGAAGCUCGUGGGCGAUAUCGACUGCCAGCGUUGCAUCUGAUCGUCUUGCCAUCCAGUCUAUGGGUGAGGUCAACCCUCGCCUUUCGGAGCAGCAUCUCCUGUCUUGCAACAUCCGAGGCCAGAGGGGAUGCAGCGGUGGUUAUCUUGACAGGGCCUGGUACCAUUUGCGCAGGGCGGGAGCGGUUUCCCGUGCAUGCUACCCGUACCACAGCGGAUUGGAUGAAGACACUAUCAUGCAAAAGCUCCGGUGUCGAGUCCCCUAUGGGUCUUCUCAAUGCCCUGAGCGGGGCGUGACGUCAGACCUGUACCUCAGCACACCGCCGUACCGUAUUGCUGCGAGGGAGGUGGAUAUCAUGACUGAGAUUUACCAGAAUGGUCCAGUCCAAGCUACCUUCAACGUAAAGAAUGAUUUCUUCGUCUACAACCGGGGCGUGUACCGUAAUGUCAAGCAGGAGUUCACCGCCAGCCAGUCCGACGCCGACCAAGCAGGCUGGCACUCCGUUAAGAUUGUGGGCUGGGGGAUUGAUCGCUCAGACUGGUACAAUCCUAUCAAGUAUUGGCUCUGUACCAACUCGUGGGGCCGCAACUGGGGUGAACAGGGCAUGUUCCGGAUCGUACGAGGCGUCAACGAAUGCGAGAUCGAAUCCUUUGUACUUGGCGUCUGGAUGCAGGUCGGUAAUAACCAUAUGUAACGAUGAUUAGGAAGGCGACCACGACCAGAGCUUCAUGAUGAGGACUACGAAAUAGACUAUGAUAUAUAAUGGAUGCUAGCAUGGAUGAGAUCGGGAUCUUGAUAUUUAUUAUGGCUAUAUGUGUAAGAUGGGGCGUCCUAAGUUCGCGCUCUUUUUAUAAGAAAAACUAUACGAAAUUACGAAUGUGAUAUGAAGAGCUCGGUUCCAAAAGUACUACAUUCAUUUUUAUCCAUUUUUUGUUGAUGUUACAUUAAUGUACACAUUUCCAGUAGCCUCAUACACUGACACUUCCAAAAAGCUGAAUUUCCCAAAAAAGUAAAAGAAAUGGCAUUUAAAAUCACUUCGGCUCCAAAAGGUACAAUAUCCAUAUCAUUCAAAUCAUGCAUUGUAACUUUCAUACAUUAUGAAAGAUUUUCGGUGCCAAAAAAGUACUACAUCCAAUUUCGCUUCUAAAAGGUACUACAUGAACAAAAAUUAAAAGAACAUAACUUAAUGAACAAUAUUUGUGCAGACUUAAAGAGUGGUUCUAUACUUGUAUCAUUUCACUGACAUUACACUGUGAAAAGGUUGGGCAAUAUUUUCCAACACUUUGCCCAACGUUGUGCC